UGUAGGGCCCCCUGCAGUUGGCUGUGGGGCUUAAGGCCACUUGAACAAGGAAAGGAGGGGGAAAUUGUACCACAUCUGUGAAGAUCCACGUCCAGUGGCAGCUCUGGUGGUGUUGGAGUUGCUGCUGACCACCACCCUCAACAGCCUAAAUCAUCAGAAGACCAGAAUGUGAAGAAGCAGGUGUGUGACAGAUCUGUGGCUGAGGCUGCGACUAGGGGAGGGGUACAUACCUGGGCUUUGUCUGUAACCUGUGCCAUGACCGGGACGGAGAUUGAACCUGGUGCUCAGGCUAUGCCUGAAAUGAAAGCUAGAGAAGAGGUUGUGGGUAGGGCUGAGAUAGAGAAUGAAGCCCCUCUGGUGGUUAGACCCAAGAUUAGGACCCAGGCCCAGUUGACUGGAGCAAGGCCCAAAACUAAGACCAAGAUUAUGCCUAGAGCAAGGCCCAAAAUUGAGGCUAGUGCAGUGGGUAGGUCAUGUCUAAAGAAUAAGGCCAAAUCAUUUCCUGGGUCAAGAUCCAAGCAUGAAGCCCAGGUGUGUCUCCAGCAUGAGUCUGCGGCUGAUGCAAUAUCAGAAGCAACGGAAGAGCCCCAGACCAAUGCCAUAGUGUCUCCACUCUUCAGUUCCGAUUCUAGGUCACUUACUAAAACUAAGUGCCUGUCUGUGGAUAGAGAACUGGUUAAUAUGUGCAAUGAGAGCUUUCCUCGAAGGAAGGCCCACUCCCAAGCAGGAAUUCAGCCUUCAUUUGAGUCUGAGGAGAAGACCAAUAUUGGGUCCUGGUGCCAUCCCAGGCCUACAUCAAAACAAGAGGUUUCUCACAAUUCUGAUUUUAGACGGGUAGACAAAUCCUCUCUGAGUUCUUGGUUCUGGAGUAGAGAUGAGUUCAUUGCCAGAUUUCAUCCUAGGAACAGGAUAAAGGCCAGUACCAGGUCUAGGCACAUGGCCAAACAGUAUGCUAAUGCCAUGUCUAGGCCCCAAACCAAUCAGCACCUCUUUAUUGUAUCUAGUUCUGGUUCUGAGGAUGAGUCUGUUAAGACUUCCUGGUUUGGGGCCAGAGAAAAAACCAAUACCUGGUUCAGACCCAGGAAAGAGGCCAAUAGCAGGUCCAAGUUUAGGUCCAAAAAAGAAGUUUGUGUUGAGUCCAGUUCUGGGUCUGAACAUGAAUUCCAUAUGAAGUCCUCAUUUUGGGAUGGAGAGGAAGCCAAACCCAGGUCCAAACCCAGGUCCAGGAAAGGGACCAAUACCAGGGCCAGGCACAGGGCCAAGCGACAAGCUUGCAUUGAUUUCAUGUCUGGGUCUAUAAAUGUAAUAAAAAACGAGUCCUGGUUCUGGCCUGGAGAAAAGGCUAAUACCUUUUCAAGGCCUAAGAUCAAGAAAGAGGCCAGGGCUAAAGCAAUAGCAAAGGAAGAGGCCAAAAUCAAGGCCAGAACCGGGGCCAAACAUGAAGCCAGGUCAGAGGGAGAGGUCCUUAUCAGGACCUGGUUCUGGGCUACAGAAGAGUCCAGCAUGGCGGAUGGGGUCAGCAUCAAGGCCAGUCCACACGUGGAGGAUGAGUCCAUUGUUGGAAGUUGGUUCUGGACUGAAGAAAAGGCCAGUAUGGGGACUGUAGCCAGCAGUAAAUCCAGACCAGGGCUUGAGGAGGAGCCUAAUAGCAAUUCCUGGCUUGGGGUUAGAAAAAAGACCAGUAUGGAGACCGGGGCUGAGGCCACCUCUGGAUCUGUGCUAGCAGCUGAUGAUGAAGAGGUCAUUGUCGGUUCCUGGUUCUGGGCUGGUGAAGAAGUCAACCCAGAGGCGGAGGAAGAGACCAUAUUUGGGUCUUGGUUCUGGGUCAUUGAUGAGGCCAGUGUGCAAUCUGGUGUCAGGGUCAGCUGUGAGUCCAGGCCAAGGUCUGAGGAAGAAGAGGUCAUUGGUCCCUGGUUCUUGGGUGGAAAAGAAGUUGAUUUAGAGGCUGGAGUUGGAGAAGAGGCCAGGCCAGUGGCUGAAGAAGAGACAAUAUUUGGGUCCUGGUUUUGGGCUGAAAACCAGACCCAUGUAGAUUCUGGGGCUGAAGGUAGCUCUGACACCAUGCCAGGGGCUGAGGAGGCAGAGCCCAUUACUGGGUCUUGGUUCUGUGCCAGAUUAGAAACUUGUGUGGAAGCUGAUAUCAACAAGUCUAGGCUGGAGGCUGAGGAAGAGGCCAUUGUAUCAUCUUGCUUUGGGACCAGAGAAGAAGUCAGUAUGAAGUGUGGGGCUGCUGCCAGAUGCAAAAUUAUGGCAGGAGCUAAGAAGACCAAUAAUAGAUCUUGCUUUUGGGCAAAAGAAGAACCCUGUAUGUAUCCUGACAAUGGAGGAAGCUGGAAGUCUAGGCCAGAGGAGGAAGAGGACACUUUUGAUUCAUGGUUCUGGUCCAGAAAAUAUGGAAGGCCAGAGGCCAUUAUAGGGUCCUGGUUUUGGGCUGCAGAAGAGUGCAGUGUAGAUGAUGAAACUGGAGAAGAGAUUAAGCUACCAGCUGAAGAGGAGACCAUGAUCAAUUCCUGGUUCUGGAAAGAAAAUGAAGCCAUUAUGGAGGCUACCGACAGAGAAGAGUCCUGGCCAGAAAAUGAGGAGGAGGAUAUUAUUGGUUCUUGGUUCUGGGCUGGGGAAGAGGAUAGACUCGAAGCAGCAGCUGAAGCUACAGAAGAGGACAGGCUAGCAGCUGAAGAGGAAGCAAUUGUUGGAUACUGGUUCUGGGCCAGGGAAGAGGCCAUUAGGAGAGAGGCUGGGUUUUGUAGCAAAUCCAGUCUCAAAGCUGAAGAGGAGGAAGUCAUUGUUGGGUCCUGGUUCUGGGAAGAAGAGGCCAGUCUGGAAGCAGUGGCAGGGGCCAGGUUUGAGUCCAAGCCUAGGACUGAUGAGGAAGAAAAUACUGUUGGGUCCUGGUUCUCGGCUGAACAAAAAGCCAGUAUGGAAGCUGGGUCUCAGGCAGUAGAAGCAAGUACUGAACAGGAGCCCAUUUGGGGGUCUUGGUUCUGGGCUGGAAAAGAAGUCAGUGUAGAAACAGGGACAUGCUGUGUAUCCAAGCCAGAGGAUGAUGAAGAGAUGAUUGUUGAGUCCUGGUUCUGGUCUGGAGAUCAGACUGUUAAAGAAACUGGAACUGUGACCACUUGUGAGUCCAGGCCAGGAAAUGAGGAAGGGGCAGUUAUUGGGUCUUGGUUUCGAGCUGAAGAUGAGAUGAAUAAUGAGACUGGCAAUGAAACCAACUGUGAAUCCAGAGUAUUAGCUGAUGAGGGUGAGGCCAUAGUGGGGUCCUGGUUCUGGGCAGGAGAUGAGGCCUGUUUUGAAUCAAAUCCUAGCCCUGUAUUCAGGGCCAUUUGCAGGUCUACAUGUCCAGUCGAACAGGAGCCUGAUCCUUCAUGCAGGCCACAGAGCUGGGAGGAGGUCACUAUUCAGUUCAAGCCUGGUCCAUGGGGUAGAGUUGGCUUUCCGUCCAUAAGCCCCUUUAGAUUUCCAAAACAAGCAGCAUAUCUAUUCUCUGAAAUGUUUGGGGGAAAGCCCAAGUAUGUGGAACUUAGCCCAGAAGAAGAAGAUCAGGAAUCUUUGCUUCAGCCUGAUCAGCCUGAACCCAAGUUCCCAUUUCAGUGUGAUGCUUCCUACCGCUCGGUCUGGGAAAUUCGAGAGCAUCUUAGGGCCAAGGAGACUAUGGAGACUGAGAGUUGGUCCUGCAGCUGCAUACAAUGUGAGCUUAAAAUUGGGUCUGAAGAGUUCGAAGAACUCCUUUUAUUAAUGGACAAAAUUCGGGAUCCUUUUAUUCAUGAGAUAUCUAAAAUUGCAAUGGGUAUGAGAAGUGCUUCUCAAUUUACCCGAGAUUUCAUUCGGGAUUCAGGUGUGGUCUCACUUAUUGAAACCUUGCUCAGUUAUCCGUCCUCCCGAGUUAGGACAAGUUUUUUGGAAAAUAUGAUUCGCAUGGCUCCACCUUAUCCAAAUUUAAACAUAAUUCAGACAUACAUAUGUCAAGUGUGUGAGGAAACAGUUGCUUAUAGCUUGGAUUCCCCUGAGCAGCUGACUGGAAUAAGAAUGAUUGGACAUCUCACUACUACUACUGACUAUCAUACACUGGUUGCCAAUUAUAUGUCUGGGUUUCUCUCCUUAUUAGCUACAGGCAAUACCAAAACAAGGUUUUAUGUCCUGAAAAUACUACUGAAUUUGUCUGAAAAUCUUGUCAUGACAAAAAAACUACUCAGUGCUGAAGCAAUGUCAGAAUUUAUGGGCCUCUUUAACAAGGAAGAGACAAAUGACAAUAUUCAAAUUGUUCUUGCAGUAUUUGAGAAUGUUGGUAACAAUAUCAAAAAAGAGGCAGUGUUCACUGAUGAUUUCAAUCUUGAGCCACUUAUUUCUGCAUUUCAUGAAAUUGAGAAAUUUGCUAAGGAACUGCGGUGCAAAACAGAUAAUCAAAAUGACCCUGAAGCAGACCAAAAAAAGUAAUACCAAACACUUACCUCUGAUUGUCCUUAUGUCCCUGAGUUAUGAUCCUUGAGUGGUG